AUGUGCGUAGAUCAGUUUCCUGUCUUGUUUGUGAUGCAACUGAUUUUACUUUUCUUGUGUCUGUCCGGUAAUGGAGAAGCGUAUCCUCGACUUAACAUUCUCCCUUUCUUCCUCCUCACCAACUCACUUUCCAAAUCUUUCUUUCUCUCUCUCUCUCCCCCCCUCUCUCUCUCUCUCUAUCUAUCUAUCUCCCUUAUGUUUGAACGACAUAUUCAUUUAUACCAUACAAGGAUACGUAUUACUUUGUACCACACAUUAAUCUAUCUAUCUAUCUAUCUAAUAGGAGAGACAUCUAUCUAUCUAUCUAUCUAUCUCAUUCCGUUUCGUUAUUUAUUUUUCUGUCAAUUAAUAUCAAUAUAUUUCUUUGUUUCAUUAAAUCGAUACGUCUACCUAUCUAUCUAUCUAUCUAUCUAUCUAUGUUAUGGCAAUUAUCUAUCUAUCUAUCUAUCUAUCUAUCUAUCUCCGUUUCUCUAUCUUUAUUUAUAUCUAUCUAUCUAUUUCUUCAUUAAAUCGCUUCUAUCUAUCUAUCUAUCUAUCUAUCUAUCUAUCUAUCUAUCUAUCUAUCUAUCUAUCUUCUAUCUAUCUAUCUAUCUAUCCAUCUAUCUAUCUAUCUAUCUAUCUAUCUCAUUUGUUUCAUUAUUUAUUUUUCUAUCAAUUAAUAUCAAUCUAUCUUUCUUUUUCUUAAAUCGAUACGUCUACCAUCUAUCUAUCUCUAUCUAUCUAUCUAUCUAUCUAUCUAUCUAUCCUAUCUAUCUCAUUCCCUUUGGUCAUUAUCUAUCUAUCUAUCUAUCUAUCUAUCUAUCUAUCUAUCUAUCUAUCUAUCUAUCUCAUUCCGUUUCUCUCUAUCUUUAUUUAUUUUCCUCUUUGGUCAUUAUCUAUCUAUCUAUCUAUCUAUCUAUCUAUCUAUCUAUUUCUCUCUAUCUUUAUUUAUUUUCCUGUCAAUUAAUCUAUCUAUUUCUAUCAUAUCUCGCUAUCUAUCUAUCUAUCUAUCUAUCUAUCUAUCUAUCUAUCUAUCUAUCUAUCUAUGCUUCUAAGCUUUGCUUUGGUCAUUAUCUAUCUAUCUAUCUAUCUAUCUAUCUAUCUAUCUAUCUAUCUAUCUAUGCUUCUAAGCUUUGGUCAUUAUCUAUCUAUCUAUCUAUCUAUCUAUCUAUCUAUCUAUCUAUGCUUCUAAGCUUUGUUCAUUAUCUAUCUAUCUAUCUAUCUAUCUAUCUAUUUAUCUAUGCUUUGUUCAUUAUCUAUCUAUCUAUCUAUCUAUCUAUCUAUCUAUUUAUCUAUGCUUCUAAGCUUUGUUCAUUAUCUAUCUAUCUAUCUAUCUAUCUAUGCUUCUAA